AUGGCUCGACUCGGGGUAGCAAAGGUUAAGACGGGCUGUGUAACCUGCAAAAUUCGAAGAGUCAAAUGUGAUGAAGCACGCCCGGCAUGCAACAGGUGCGUAAGCACGGGCCGAAGGUGCGACGGCUAUGUGACACCGCCAACGGGAACAUAUUCAUGGGCUCAGCUACUCCGCGUCCAUCCGCCUCCGACCCAGGCCGCGACGGACGCAGAACUCCGGGCCUUGAGUUUCUUCCGCAAAGUUGUCGCCCCCGUCUUGUCCGGGCCCUUGGAUAGUUACUUCUGGACCCAUCUUGUCUCCCAGGUCUCUCACCAGGAGCUUGCUGCGAAACAUGCCGCAUUGACCAUCAGUUCGCUGUACGAGAAGUUCAAGGAGGAUCCCCUAGACCGGCACUCGGAGAAGAACGCCUUUGCGGUCGCGCACUACAACGAGGCGAUCAAACACCUCCGAACAACGAACAACCAGGAAACGGUUCUGUUCGUGUGCAUCCUCUUUGUGUGUAUCGAUAUGCUCCGCGGCGAAUGCAAGGGUGCCAUCGACCACUGCAGGCAUGGCAUCAACAUCCUCAAUGGGUUGAGGUCCACAUCGCGAUUCGUUCGAGAUCACCUAGAACCGGCUUUCUGUCGCCUUGGAGUAUUCCCCUUCUUCUUCGGUGCUCGACCAGAAACGUUCCCGACCAUACCGGACCCGUGUCCAGUUCCAGUGCCUCCAUUCUACAACUUAAAACAGGUUCAAGGUGCGCUGGACCCGUUGCUCGUGCGGGCGAUUCGCUUCGUACGGGCCGCUGACGAGUAUCGCCUGGGUGAUGAGGCGCAUCCCAAGCCAGAUCUUUCAAUAAUGCAGGACAGAGAUGAGAUGGACGAGAUGCUGGAUGACUGGGCCGCGGCAUUCCAAGCGUACAUGGUGCAGAAGUCCCCGAAUAACUGCCAGCGCGCGGCCAUGCGAGAAGAGCUCGUCGAAAGGUUGCUCGAGAUGAAAUGGCUCGUGGGCAAAAUUUGGCUCAGCACGUGUUUCUCUCGUGGAGAAGGAGUUUACGAUUUACAUCUGGACAAGUUCCAGCGGAUCAUAGAUCUUGGACGCGAAGUCGAAUCCAUCUUCCGAGAAAUGUGGCAGAAGUUUGACCGGGCCAAAUUCACCUUUGAGAUGGGGUUUAGCCCCUUGCUGGGAUUCGUCUUUAUCAAGUGCCGGUCCUUGAGCUUACGAAUCGCUGCUCUGGGUCUCAUGAAGACCAUUGCGCAUGAGAGGGAGAACCUCUGGGACUUCAACACUGUUCAGGCGUUUGGGCGCAAGAUUGUUGAGUUCGAGCACGAGCUAGAUCUGGGACCGGACGAAGAUAUUGCAAGUGUCGUCGACGACGGAACAUUGCCACCGGAAGGACGACGAAUUCAAGACUCGGCUAUGCAGGACGAGGUCCGCUUCGUCCACGAGAAGAACGGCGCCAUCGCCAUGUGGAAGAAGGUCGCUCUCUUGAUGAGGGAGCACGGCGGGCCUAUCACGGUCCAAGAAGAGUGGUUUCGAGUACAAUUGAAGCGCAAGCCAUGA